GAGAGUGAACGGGGCGGUGCUGAUGAAGAGCACACAGACCGGCUGAAUGACAGACACAGAGGUUUAGGGUAUAUUAAAUUCAUCUUCUGCCGACAUACUAGUGCCUAUACGCCACGAGUAAACUAGAUUAGCUUCGUUAUCAUUCACAGCGUAAUUACGGACAAAACAGGAAACCAUUUGCGCGAUUUGCAUCUGUACGUCCAAUAUAAACAUCAGCACGGCGACAGCAUACAGUGUUACAGUCACAUCUGUGGCAGAGGAAAGCCUUUUGAUGACACACUUUAUUUAAUUUCUGUUGUUUAUACAAACAGAAGCUCCAGACCGCAUUGCGAUAUAGUAAAGUACAUAGACUGCUGCAAAGAAAACAUGGACAGUUAUGAGGGAUUCUGCGCACGCAUACUGUCCACACUGCAGUCGGAAAUGAUGCAUGAGAAGAGCUGCAGUACCGCACCUGCGCGAGGGGUGGCGCUCCCUCUCAUCUGCUUUCAUGGCAGGCCAGUUCUGUCUCCUAUUCUAAGUGAGAAACAAAGAAGGGAGAUGGUUGAAUACAGGAAAAGAGCGUCACAAAUGGAGGCAGAGAGACACAUUCAUUGUAAUAAUAACCUCCUCAAUCAGAUUCAGGCCAUUAUUUGGACCAAUAAGGCACCAAAAAUAUUGGACGCGCCAAAGCCUUCAGAGAAGUGCUUGUCUCCUUCUCCAAAACCAGACUGCAGGAAUGGUUUUACUGAUACUGCUCCUCGUACACCUGCUGGGGUCACAGAGCCUUAUAUUUUGUCUAGUAAGCCAGCAGUGACUCCAUCAGCUGAGCUGAGAGGAAAAGCCACGGAGGAAAAACAAAUGCCAGAGGAAACUGAAACAGAAGGAGUUUGUCUGCAGAAUCUACUGAAGAAAUCGCGUGAAUUUAUUGAAAAAGAACAGGGGUCAAAGAUCAUCGGCACCAAAAUCACUUUUGAUAAAGAAAACAUCAGUUCUUUAGAUGCGACUGUCUCUGGUUUACCCUGUUAUAUUCCCUCACCUAAUCAGACCUCUCCAAGUAACCUAAUAAGUCCAGAAUCCGGUCCAAAUGGCAGUUUAAGUGCCAGACCCCACCGCGGGCGUCCUCGUCCCAUUUCUGCUGGCAGCAUCUUCUUCUCUUUCCCUGACAACCCCAACCACCCAAACAUUACAGCCAAUGCAAGGCCACAGGAAGUAAAAACAAUUGCGACGCAGGAGAGGAAGCUACUCGGAGUGGAAAAUGUGAGUAUGAGUCGAUAUGAUGACCACUUGAAUGAGACCGUCGGAAAAUUAGAAACAUCUCCGGUGGAUUCUGAGCUCACAAGCCCUCUGUUCCGAAGGAGAUGCCACACAUUAGAUAGCCAUCUGUCUUCCCACCAUCAGAGUCCGCUCAUAGACAGGAGCCAGGAGAGAAUGCCUCGGUUUAUGGCCGGGGUCACUGCGAGAACGCCCACUCGACUGUCUCCUCCGUCACCAAUGAACAAGACUUUCACACGGGAGAGUCCCACAGCAGCAUUUAUGGGCCCUGGAAUCACCCCAGACUCUCCUUCUCAUGCUAAACUGCCAUUUGAGGGAAACAGUGUCAUCAGCACGGCGCUGAAAGAGAGGAGAGCAGUUGUGUAUGCCUGUGUUGAAGAUGAGAUGCAAUGGCAAGUCCACGCUCUAGAAGACAUGCAGAGGUCUCUGGAGGAGGAUUAUGCUUUCAGAAUAUCAUGUCUGGUGGCAGAGCAAGAGAGAGAACAACGGCUUCACACUCAGGAGUUGGAGGAGCGGGUCUGGAGACUGAGGGGUCAGGGUGGUCUGAGUCCUGUAGCAGGCGAGGAUGGGUGUGAAUUAAGGGCAGCUGGUGAACGUUACCCUAUACUGAACCCCAUGUGCCCUUUAAGCCCUGGAGAAAGAUCACCAAGACACCCCGUGCCAGUCAUUGAAGAAAUAAAAUCAUAUUUAGAACAACAUGAUGAAAUGAUGUCAUUUUGGGGCUUUCCUCCAACCAGUUUAGAUGUGGCAUCACCCUCAAUACAGGCCUCUAUUUAUAUGAGAGGCCUAAAUCAUCACAGCACAGGAAAGAGCAGAAACAGGCUGAGCCAGGUUGUAACAGCGGAGCAGCAGAGGGCGCUGUGUCGCCUCACUGCCAUCGUGAAGGGCUUCCUGACCAGACAACUGCUGAGAACGGAGAAAGUCAAACACCUGCGUCAAACUGUUCAAGUGAGAAUGCACAAUAUAGUGUUCAUAUACAUGCUAAUAAAGGCCUUAUUGUUUGAUCAUCUCUCUACAUGUGUCUCUCUUCAGGACACGCAAGAGUUUAUUUGUUCAUUCAGCACUAAUGCUCCUCAAAGAAAUGACACACUGUCAGAGCAAGAUCUCUCUCUGCAAGAGCGUGUCAGAGCUCAGUUACGUGCAGCCUUGUUUGACAUUCAUGAUAUCUUCUUCACAAUGACACUAGAGGAGCGUUUGUCUCUGCUACAUCAAGACCGAGAUCUACGCAGCGAGAGAAAACUCAGAGAGAUGGAAAAAGCAAAAAUCCCCAAGGAUAAGGUGAUUUUGUCUGCUGCAACCCAGAAAUCUCUUGAUAGAAAGAAAAGAGUUGGUGAAUCUCCAGGUCAGACCAGACGAGCUCAGAAAACCCCUACAAAAAGGAUCCUGCAGCCCAGUCAGGGCCAGAACGCUCCGGUUUCAGGCCAGCAGCUCCUGCGCCGUGGGAGUUAUAAGAAGACUCCAGAGGAGAGAGUCCAGCAUUCGGAGAGGCUGAAGAAACAGCAUUCACUGGGUUGAUCUCACCUGUCUGACAUUCUGUUAUGAACUGGACAUGAAAAAUAAUAUUAAUCAUAGAGAUACUUCUGAAGAUACUCCCCUGCUUUCCAUCUCAUUGAAUUGUGAUUAGUAAGUGUCAUUGAUAUCUAGUUCUUCCCAUUAUUCUACAACAUACUACAUUUGUGAAUUUAGAAUUAUUCCAUACAUUAUUUAGAGGUUCAUCCAGGAUACAUAAAUUAAAUGACUAAAUUACCCUUGUAUAAAUUAUUAAAUUCUGUACUUUGAGAUUCCUUAUACAUAAAGGUGGGAUUUUCCAAACAAUAGAAGCCUGCAUUGAUGAAGAGAAAAUGCUUCUUAUAAUAUAUUAUUAAUAAUAUUAAUAUAUAUAUUCAAACGUGUCAAUAAUACUGACACCGUAUCAAGGAGUAGAAUCAGAAUAAGACAUUCUUCUCUAGAAAUUAAUGUAUUUGACCAGCUAACACUAAAAAUGAAUUUGUACUUUUAGAACUAAUGUGGUUUAACCAUAAUACUUCAAUUUACUACUUAAAUAUGACAGUAAUAUCAAUUGUUUAUAACUGUUUAUGUAUUAGCUCUUGACUUUUAUGCUCAAGAAGUAUUCAACACGUCUACUAAAACAAAUGUGAAAUAAAACAAGUUUAAUAAACAAGUUUAUUUAAUAAAAAA